CUUAAAUCCAAAGGACGAUACCCGACGGUUAUCGAUCCUAUAUGAGAUGACGAGACACGGGACAAUUUACGCCAUGUCCCGUCGGGAACGCGGUGUCACAGGAUCUCGACAGGUAGCUAAAUGACGUGCAGCGAGUCAGGCCACAGGCACUUGCGGGUACGCACAGUACUCGUAGCAUUAUGUUGUGACGUUGGCAAUUGCGGCUACGGUUUGCUUGCUGUCGUGCUCUGUUCAUAUAAGUUGUGCAACUUCAUUUCCAUCGUGGUCGGGGUACAAUGCUGUGCCGUAUCUUGCAAUGUCAAUUAUGAAAGUUCAACAUGUUUUCUCCUUCGUUGCUGUCUUUGCGCAUUUUCUAUAAGAGUGAUGUGGGUAUAUUUUCUAUGUUGUUUUCUUUCCUACGCCAGCUUCAAGCCGGUGCUUAUGCCUCCUGAUGCCUCCUGAUGCCUCCUGAUGCCCCCUGAUGCCGUAUGUAUACAUGUGUAUACCCAUCGGUUGUAUCUACACAACAAAGGAAAAAA